CUCCCCGCCCGCCCGCCGGGACGUGGUAGGGGAUGCCUAGUUCCUCUGCGAUGGCAGUUGGCGCGCUCUCCAGUUCCCUUUUGGUCACCUGCUGCCUGAUGGUGGCUCUGUGCAGUCCGAGCAUCCCGCUGGAGAAGCUGGCCCAAGCUCCAGAGCAACCCGGCCAGGAGAAGCGCGAGCACGCGUCUCGGGACAGCCCGGGGCGGGUGAGCGAGCUCGGGCGCGCCACGAGGGAAGAGGGCAGCAGUGCCCGGGACUGGAAGAGCAAGGGCAGCCGCGCGCUCUCGGGCCGGGAGGCUUGGAGCAAACAGAAACAGGCCUGGGCUGCCCAGGGCGGGAGCGCCAAGGCCGCGGACUGGCAGGUCCGGCCUCGAGGGGACACCCCGCAGGGGGAGCCCCCGGCCGCCGCCCAGGAAGCGAUCAGCCUGGAACUCGUGCCCACACCAGAGCUGCCUGAGGAAUAUGCCUACCCUGACUACCGCGGCAAGGGCUGCGUGGACGAGAGUGGCUUCGUGUAUGCGAUCGGUGAGAAGUUCGCCCCAGGUCCCUCAGCCUGCCCUUGUCUGUGUACGGAGGAGGGUCCUCUUUGCGCACAGCCAGAGUGCCCGCGGCUUCACCCGCGCUGCAUCCAUGUAGACACCAGCCAGUGCUGUCCGCAGUGCAAGGAGAGGAAGAACUACUGCGAGUUCCGGGGCAAGACCUACCAGACUUUGGAGGAGUUCGUGGUGUCUCCAUGUGAGCGGUGUCGUUGUGAAGCCAAUGGUGAAGUGCUGUGUACAGUGUCGGCGUGUCCCCAGACGGAAUGUGUGGACCCAGUGUACGAGCCUGAUCAGUGCUGCCCCAUCUGCAAAAACGGCCCAAACUGCUUUGCAGAAACUGCUGUCAUCCCAGCUGGUAGAGAAGUGAAGACCGACGAAUGCACCAUAUGUCACUGUACUUAUGAGGAGGGUACGUGGAGAAUUGAACGGCAAGCCAUGUGUACGCGACAUGAAUGCAGGCAAAUGUAGACUUUAUAAUACAAAAACUCUCAUGUUUUUCUAGAAUAUUUUACUAAUGUGACAUUCUAGAUGACUCUGAGAAAUAUCAAUCAAAAAGAGAAGACUUUGGAUAAGGAGUCAAGGAAAAUGGUUGGUACUUUUGUUUUUCUUGGUAACAAUUACAGCAAGAGACAGAAAUGGAUGUAUUUCAAAACAUCAACAAGAACUUCGGGCAUAAACUCCCUCUCUAAAUAAAUGUGCUAUUUUCACAGUAAGUACACUAAAGUUCACUAUUAUAUAUUAAAUGUGUUUCUAUAAUCCCUCUAUUAGAGUCUUAUAUAUUAAAAAAUGCUGUUGUCAACCGUCUUCACUGUGUACCGGUAUAUCUUUGUUAGCUUUCAUUCCAUCACAAGGGGGUGCUAGUGGUACCAGGAAUCUCUUACACAUGCACAUCAAAUGCUGUACCCUAUUAAGGAAUUACAGAAAAUGAUGACUGCUUUAUAUCAAAAUCCUGUUCAAAUGCUAUUUAACUAAUGCUAUGUAUCUAAUCCUCCCCCUUAGAACACAAUCUAAUUCAUACAAAUAGGCUUCAUUAUUUUAAUAGCCCAUUUCGUAUAUCAGUU